AAUAAUAUCUCAGUAAUGAUAACAAUAUUUAAUAAAAUCAAACAAAUCAAGAGAAUCCAUCACAAUGGCAUACUAACUCUGGUUGUUUUUCAGACCAAACUGAAUGAAGACUUCACUGUUCGUGCCUCAGGGCAAGGAAAAGCAACAAUGACUGUUGUGACACUAUAUAAUGCACAAAUGAAAGCCGACCCAGCUCAAUGCAAGAAUUUCACUCUUGAUGUCACGGUUAAAACCCUCAGGCUGAGUAAAAAGGAGCUAAAGGGAUCCCUACAAGUUGUCGAGAUCAGAAUCUGUACCAGAUAUCUUGGUAAAGUUGAUGCCGCCAUGUCCAUCAUUGAUGUCUCCAUGCUCACUGGUUUUGCACCUGACAUUAAUGACCUUAACAGACUUUCUAGAGGAGUUGACAGAUUUAUCGCCAAUUUUGAAAUUGACAAAGGCUACUCUGACAGGGGGAAUCUUAUCAUUUACUUGGACAAGGUCUCUCACUUAACUGAUGAAUGUGUGCAGUUUAAAGCUCAUCAGUUUUUUGAAGUCGGUCUCAUUCAGCCAGCAUCCGUGAAGGUGUACAGCUAUUAUAAUCUAGAUGAGCAGUGCAUCAAGUUCUACCAUCUUCCCAAAGAAAGUGGUCUCUUUAGUAAGAUAUGCCAUGGUGAUAUUUGCCGAUGUGCAGAAGAAAGCUGCUCUUUGCUCAACAAUAUAGAAACAGAUGUCAAUCUGCUGCGACGAGGUCAACUGGCCUGCCAACCAGGCGUGGAUUAUGUAUACAAAGCCAAGCUGAUUCGAAUAGAAGACGAAAGUGGUUAUGACAACUACUUCAUGCAAGUUCUGGAAAAGAUUAAAGAAGGAAGUGAUCCAAAUCCAGAAGCCAGUCCUCGCAGGUUUAUCAGCAAGAUGAAAUGCAGGGAAACUUUGAAUCUGAAGGUGAACAAUGACUAUCUGAUCUGGGGUGUCGGCAGUGAUCUGUGGCCCACAACGAAUAAUAUCUACUACCUCAUAACCAAAGAUACCUGGAUUGAGAGGUGGCCAAGUGAGGAUGAAUGCCAAGAUGAAGAAUUUCAGACACUCUGCAAUGACUUUGACCAGUUGUCAUUUUCAUUAACAAUUAUGGGCUGCCAGGCCUAGCUGGAGUUGCCUGCUGUAUGUUAUUCAUGGAAGGCUAGUUUUUGAGUUAUUGCUCAGAAGUCAAUUCCCUCCUGAAGUUUUAAUGUUCCCCCCUUUUUGCUCUCCUUUUCCUCUUCAAAUUGUUUAUGCAUAAAAUAAAGGCAGAAUUACUUACUGUA